CAAAAUAAAACCUUCUUGUAACUUCGGCACAUGUCACAGCCUCGUUUUAGGGGCGCAUCUCCCGCAUCCAAGCAUCUCUCUGGUACACAUGUACUAUUUACGAAAUCCUUCAAAUCCAUCUCUCUGGUGAGUAAUAAUCUUCAGUUUUACUGUCAGCUGUCACAUUACAAACUAACUUGAAGUGGACGUAUUUUGGUGGGAGGUCUCUCUCUCUCUCUCUUUCUCUCUCUCUCUCUCACACGUGGAUGAGAUGCGACACUCAGGAAGUCACUCUGCUGAAGAAAGGAGUUUGGGAUCUAAUAAUAAUAAUGACGUUUCCCACAUGGUCUGCAUUGAUUACAGUUCCUCUUCUGUUUUCACGCCGUUUUGAAGGGAUUCUGAGUUUUGUUCCCACCAUGGAUCCUCCGUGCGGAUGUUUUAUAUUCUCUGUAGUGUACAUGCGCCCUCCAUAAGACCAGAACACAGCGGCUGGGGGGGAAAAAACCGUCUCCUCCAAUUCUGGACCGACAGUUUUUGGGAAUUCCUGAUUGUCCAGUUCCUGUGAUGAGUCGUCACUUUGUCUUCCAUCUGUCUGUGUUUGUUAAACCGACUCGUUUCAAUGGACCCAGAGCUCAGUCACAGCUUUUCUCCAUCUUCUGUUACUCUCAUCGUCCUUCUGCUGGUUUUAUCCUGCAGGCCUGCUGAAGGGAGUUUUAAGGUGAUCGGGUCACCUGAGCCAAUCGUCGCUGCCCCGGGUGAUGACAUCAUCCUGCCGUGUCACGUGGAGCCUCAGAUCGACGUGACGGGUCUGACGGUGGAGUGGUCCAAGCCCGACCUUCAGCCUGACCCCAACGAUCGCCUGCGCCGGGUCGAGUACGUCCAUCUGUAUCGUGACGCCCGAGAGGACCUGGACAUGAAGAUCGCAGAGUACGUCCAGAGGACGGAGCUGUUCGCAGACGGCCUGACACGAGGCAACAUAUCGCUGAAGAUCACCAACGUGACGUUUGAAGAUCAAGGAAGAUAUAAAUGUUUCAUCCCAAAGUUAAAGGGACAUUUUAAGUCUUCAAUCAUUUACCUUUCAGUUGAGUCAAAGUCUGUCACAACAGAGACGCCGCUGCAGACGCCUGAUCCUAAAAAGGAGACUGAUGUCAACGCGGUCUUUGCAGGAGAAGCACUGAUCACAGCUGUGUGUGUCGGCACUUCGGUGGCGAUCCUGUUGGCUGUUGUAUUUGCAGUAUACUGGAGACGCAAUCGUCAGAAACAAGAAUUAUCUGUCCAUCCAGAUCAAAAAGCAACCUGUUAUAGGUGCCUUGCUCAAAGGGCAUGUUGAGAGAUGUUAGCAGAGAAAGCACUGCAAGCUUGGAUCUCACCAGUUAGUGCAAGGAUUUAAACCAGCAACCCCCUCCAGUCACAGAUGUUCACACUGGAGAGAGGACGGAGGGAAAUCCUGUUGCUUCAAGCUGAAGAUGAACUUUGACCUGUGGCUCUAAAAUCUUUUGGCCAUGUGACGUCUGGAGACCUUCAGCAGUGGAUUUCUUCACUAAAACUUCGGCCUAGUUGGAUUUCCAGCUGCCUUGCAUGUGAACUCUAGUCAGAUGUGGACUAAAAAAGCAACUAUUCUGUUUUCAUUUUCACUUGGCAUCAGAGAUGAAGUCUGAUGAAUAUCUUGGUUCCCUCAUCUGCUGCAGACAGGGACGAAUUUGCAGCCUGGAUAAAUUUAAACUUCCUCUCUUGUUUUUGCGCCAGAAUCUAGUCAGGCUUUAAACUGAGUGUCAGACGUUUUCUUUCUUCCUCAUCAUGUUCAGUCAAGAUAUUUAAAAGGACAACCUGUGCGUAAAUUAGGUAAGAAUGUGUUGUAGAAAGUGUUCUAGGAUGAUUAUAAAGUGUAAAAUUGUGUGGUUUUUUAAAGGGAGUCUGGUGGUAAAUCACAGCUUUCCCCUCCUUCUAUAACUUUUAGCUGAUUUUCUCCCGCAGGCCUGCUGACAGUAAACUCAACCAAAACUGAGCAGAUUAUUUCCAUUAUCAUAUUUCCUGUUACUGUAACCUGCAGCCUCGGUCGGACCGGCUGAUUUAACAUUAGUUUACAGUCUAAAUCUGACUGUUACCUGGUGGAAGCACAGCAGAUGAUAAAAACAGAAACAACAUGAAGCCAAGCUAACUGUGGACAUUUGGAUCACAUCCACUUCAUUGUGGUUUACUUAUUUUAUAUUAACAGCUUGUUUAUUCAUUUAUGGAUAAUAUUGAUAUUUCUGAGUUUAUAGCCAGUUCAGCUUAUCCAACUUCCUUCACUUUCUAUUUGACUUGGAGCUGAUCCUCCUUCAGGAUUAAAUACUGAGAGUUCAGAGAGUUGAUGACAAACAGUUUCUUUGCACGUUCAGCAGGUACAAGACCGCCUCCCUUUAACCUCCAACUAACAUAUUUACUAUCUUUACAUUUUUACUUCUCAGUCGGGUGAGUUUAUGGAUCCUGAGUCUUUAACACUCAAGCUUUUCAUUGCAUUUGUUCAUAUGUAAUCAGCUGUUUAACAUAUUUGUUUAUGAAUGAGAAACAGUUGUUAUUUGAAUGUAACUAUUUUGUUUACAAUAGAAAAAUGUCAUCAGAAAUGAUCAGAACAAGCAUUAAGUAUAAUUUGUAUGUAACUGUAACUGUGAACAGUAUUGUAGUGGAUUGAACGGACGUAAUUCAUCAUCUGGUUAGUUUCCCUCUUACUGACAGAUGACUGUUGGGCAAGGCUCCCUAGUGAGCGUCAGUGAAUAACCAUGGCAACGAAGAGCUGAUGUUUGGACCACAGAGGUUUAGGAGAGUUGGCGUUCUUCCCGAUGUUGGAGUGUCUUUUGUUUUUUGUGAAUAAACGACUGAUAAACAGUCAAAGAGAGAA